AUGUCGCCCCCUUUCUCAUUUGGGACGUAUGAGCAGUCAGGUGUGAGUGAGACCUCGGCGUUUGGGACGGGAGGAGACGGGGCUUUGGAUCUACAGCCCUUCGUACAUCUUGUUUUAGCUCUGUUGGAAAUUUUAGAGCGGGACCCAGAGGGUGACCUCACUGAGGGCACUCAGGAUGAGCGCAGGACACAGCUGCUCGAGCGGCUGCCUCGUGGAGAGGUCAGCAAGGCCCCAGAGUGCGACAUGAAGCAGGCAGAGAAGAAGGAAGCAGAGCCACAAUACAAAGGAGAGGGGGGGCUGGUGCUGGUGGUCGGGAACCGCGGAGCGCAAGACGCGUGUAAAUGGGCUGGGCUGGUGACUGCCUUCUGCGUGCCCAUUGGGUGGCGGGGUGGGCGUGGGGGGUGGGGGGGAUGGCGGGGGGGGGGGUGGGUGGGGGGUGGGGGGCUGGGGGUGGGGGGGGGGUGGUGUGGGUUUUGGGGUGGGGUGGGGGGGAAGGUGGGUGUGGGGGUGGGGUGGGGCGGGGAGGGGUGGUCGGGAGGGUUGGGGGAGUAG